ACUUUCAUCAAGUUCAAGAGAAUAAAACUUCCUCCGACGGGAAACUCCUCAGGAGCGUAUCUGAAGUAUAGGACCUCGGAAGAUAUCCUGUAGAUGCUUCACCCAUCGGCCCUCAGGGACGCCUUCCGCGUGAUACCCGUCGCCCUGCUGAGGAUCCUCUUCAGCGCAGUCCUGCACGACAUAGGGCGCCAUGAUUACGACGCCUCCGCCAUCUUGACGCAGAGUUACGACUUCAUCAUAAUUGGAGGUGGAUCUGGCGGCGGAGUGUUAGCAAACCGUCUCUCGGAGGUCCCCGGAUGGCGAAUACUCCUGCUGGAGGCCGGGGGCGAGCCCCCUCAGGAGAGCAACGUCCCUGCAUUGAUCUUUGCCGGUCCUAGGGGCGUCGCCGAUUGGAAGUACUCCACAGUUCGGCAGAGGCACGGCCUUCAUGCAUACAAGGAUAAUGCGAUCGCCUACCCGCUAGGGCGCGUCCUCGGAGGAACCUCCACCUUGAACUGGAUGUUCUACGUGAGGGGGAACAGGAGAGAUUACGACUACUGGGAGAGCCUCGGUAAUCCCGGCUGGGGUUACGAAUCAGUCUUGCCCUAUUUCAUGAAGGCGGAGGACUACAGAGGGACCAGGAACAAGAAUACGCUUGCCUACCACGGCAAGGGCGGUCCUCUGUCUGUAGAAGACAAGAGGUGGGCGACGCCUCUGCUGAGCGGCUUCAUCAAGGCGACUAAACAACUCGGUUAUGACGUCAUCGACCCCAACGGACCCGACCAAAUAGGUUUCAGCGUGAUAGACUACUCGACGAGAGAUGGCCUGAGAGGGUCCACAGCAGUCUCCUACAUCCGACCAGCCUCUAAGAGACCCAAUCUUCACGUGGCUUUCUUUGCGCGAGCUACGAAAAUUCUUUUCAAAAACAACAGGGCAGUUGGAGUUCGCUUCGAGCAGAAGGGAGUGGAGCGCACAGUUUUCGCUACGCGAGAAGUGAUACUGUCAGGGGGGGCUGUGGGGUCCCCACACUUGCUCCUUUUGUCAGGAGUAGGGCCAGCUGAGCACCUUCGCCAGCACCAGAUUCCAGUAGUGAAAGACCUUCCAGGCGUCGGUCAGAACUUCCACGACCACGUGGCCGUCUUCGGCCUGUCGUGGACCACCGAAAAAAGGGGCGUUUCCUCGACGCUCGAGAGUCUCGUCAAACCCGAAUCGAUCAGAGAUUUUGCCAAGAAUAGACAAGGACCUCUCACGAAUCCAUUCUCCAUGGAAGGCAACUUUUGGCCCAAGUCGGAGGAAGGUGAUCCUGACUGGCCAGAGUCGCAGAUCCUGUUCACCUCAGGAAGUCCUGGCAUGAACUACGGGUUCCUAUUGGCGGAUCUGAUUGGCUACAGAGAUGGCUUUUACGAGAAGUAUUUCGGGGAUCUCAGGCACAAGGACGGCUUCGCCCUAGGACCCUACGUCAGUCGUCCCAGGAGCCGUGGGUCCGUGUCCUUGGCCUCUAGUGACCCCAACGUUCCUCCUCUCAUUGACCCUAACUACCUCGCUGACCCUUACGACAUGAGAAUCCUCAUCAGAGGCAUCCAGAAAUGCAUGGAAAUUUCCAACACCCCUGCCCUGAGAGACGACUUCGGUGCAAGGUUUAACGACAAGGUUGUCCCUGGAUGCGAACACUUUGUUUUCAUGUCCUAUGCCUACUGGGAGUGCUUCGUGAGGCAGCUGGCUGCCACGGCCUUCCACCCAGUAGGGUCUUGCAAAAUGGCACCUCCCACGGAUCCCAUGGGCGUCGUGGAUCAUCGACUCAGAGUUCACGGGCUCUCUGGACUCAGAGUCAUUGACGCCUCGAUAAUGCCCCAAGUCAUCACCGGGAACACCAACGCUCCGACCAUCAUGAUCGGGGAACGCGGAGCGGAUUUCAUCAAGGAAGAGUGGGGCGUUGGGGGAACGUUCUCUCAGCAGAGUUUGAAUUCGCUGUUCCCGUUCUCUUAGAAAAGCUGGCGAAGAAGAUCCUGCUUUAGGUAGGAUUUGACGCUUAGUAGUUGUCAACAAGCGUUUGUUCGUGUGUAUGGUUGUAUGUAUAUUUACUAAUGUACGUACGUAUAGAAGGCACGAUCAUGCCAUAGGCCUGUGUGCUACAUAAGUAUACGGCACAAUAACUAGCUACGAGUAUAGUACGAUCAUACCAUAGUCCUAUGUGCCCAAGUUCUGUUCGAAAACAUUGUAGCAUGAAUGAAACGCAGUUUUGUAUAUAGUUAUGUAAAUACUGAUGAUCAUACACCCAUGAAGUUUUGUUUGCGAAUAGAAUUCUAAUUUAUGUCGUUGCUAAACGGAAACCAUAGAAAUGGGAUGUUUCGUUGUCCCUUUGUCCAAGUUUCUUACCUCAGAGUCUAGUGAAGAUUUUGUCGCUAGUUUUAAUUAUUAUUUUCCUUUCAAGAUUUCCAUAAAUGAAAAGUUCAGUCAUCAUUACUUAUUUCUUCAUCCUGAGCCUAAAUUCUCUCUCUCUCUCUCUCUCUCUCUCUCUCUCUCUCUCUCUCUCUCUCUCUCUCUCUCUCUCUCUCAAGGGAACUGUACUAUAUCUAUGGAAAAUGUAGAGCUAAGCAGGUGAAUAGGCUGAGUUUUGAGGGAAGAAAUAUUCUCUCUCUCUCUCUCUCUCUCUCUCUCUCUCUCUCUCUCUCUCAACACGCCACUGGAUGAAUAUUUUGAGUAAGAUUUUGAACCGUUAGAUCUACUAAGAAUCACUAUAGCAGAUAUUUCAAGACCAAAAGAAUGAAGAGGCUAUGACAAGUCUGAUUUUUGUGCUGUCGAAUAGAAUUAUGUAAAAUGAACAUUGUAACAUCAGCUGAUGCAUCUGUUGGUUGUAUAUUCGCCACCUUGUCAUUUCAGAUCUUGGAAGAAUACACAUUUGAAAGAUGACUGCUCUUUAAUACGAGUUUUCAGAGUAUUUCUGAUAACCCUAAUUAUCUGGGAGCAGCUGUUGAUUUUGAGGUUAUCAGCGUUUCGUAUUGUUUGAGGUUACCUCAAAUUCAGAAGACUUCAGGUUAUAUUGAGGUUCAAAGUAUCACCUUUGUCGACAUUUUCAGAAUUUCUCAAAAUAUUGCAGGUGAUUUCAAGUUCUCAAGAAAGCAAAUAGUUUGAAACAUCAUAGGAGAACUACAGGUGAUUUAAAUCUUCCAAACUUUACCUCAGCACUACAUAUGAUUUAAUAUAUGAUUUAAUAUCCAGUUUUGAACAAACCCGAGGUAGAUUGGAACUAUCAGUGACUACAGAUGGUCUGGAACAUCUGGAAAGAAAAGAUGGUUUGGAACUGGUAACAGGGAAGAGAAGACAGCUUCGAAGGAUCACAGGCGAUUCAUUAGUUUCCAAAAUUCUCAGAGAAUUGUUU